AUGUCAGUGGUUGCUAUUAGAAACAUUGAAGCCACUUAUGGAUUGAGUAGAAUCAACUGGCAAGGCGAUCCAUGUGUCCCUUUACAGCUUAUGUGGGACGCUUUAAACUGCAGCCACGUGGAUAUCUCCACACCACCGAGAAUCACUUCUUUAAACCUGUCUUCAAGUGGUUUAACUGGAAACAUAGCAGCUGCCAUUCAAAACCUUACUCUACUAGAAAAACUGGAUCUUUCAAAUAAUAGCUUGACCGGAGAAGUGCCUGAGUUUCUAGGCAACAUGAAACAAUUGUUGGUGAUAAACUUAAGCGGGAAUGAUCUCAAUGGUUCAAUUCCUCAGUCUUUACAAAGGAAAGGAAUCCAGUUAUCUCUUGAAGGAAAUCCAAGGCUUUUUCCCUCAUCUGGUUCACCUGAACAAACACAUAAAAAGACCCUUUUAGUGCCAAUUGUUGCAUCUGUUGGUUCUGUAUCUAUCCUUAUUGCCGCAUUGGUUCUUUAUCUUGUUCUCAGAAAGAAAAAGCAGCCGACUGUUGAAGUUGUUCGCCGGCCACCAAGUAGGCCUACUGUGAAUGUAACAAAUGCUAACUCACCUGAGCCAUCAAUCGAGACGAAGAAGAGAAGGUUCACUUACUCAGAGGUUAUAAAAAUGACAAACAAUUUCGAAAGAGUUGUAGGGGAAGGAGGAUUUGGUGUUGUCUGUCACGGUACUGUCAAUGGUGAACAGGUAGCUGUUAAGCUACUAUCUCAAUCAUCAACUCAAGGCUAUAAAGAGUUCAAAGCAGAGGUUGAUCUUCUACUGAGAGUUCACCAUACAAAUUUGGUAAGCCUCGUUGGAUAUUGCGAUGAACGAGACAAUUUGGCCCUCAUCUAUGAGUUUAUACCUAACGGAGACUUAAGACAACAUCUAUCGGGAAAAGGAGGCAGAUCUGUAGUAAAUUGGGGUAUUCGGCUAAGAAUAGCUGUGGAAGCAGCACUAGGUUUGGAGUACUUACACAUUGGAUGCACACCACCAAUGGUACACAGAGAUGUCAAAACUACAAACAUAUUGUUGGACGAGCACUACAAGGCCAAACUGGCUGAUUUUGGGCUCUCUAGGUCAUUUCCGGUUGGAGGUGAAUCUCAUGUUUCUACGGUGGUUGCUGGUACUCCUGGUUACCUCGAUCCUGAGUAUUACCAUACAGGCCGGUUGGGUGAGAAAAGUGACGUUUACAGUUUCGGCAUUGUGUUACUGGAAAUAAUCACCAACCAACCAGUGAUUGAUCGAAACCGCAUAAAUUCUCACAUAACACAAUGGGUUGGGUCUGAGCUCAACGGAGGGAAUAUUGCAAAGAUCAUGGAUCCAAAUCUUCACGGGGAUUAUGAUUCUCGCUCUGCCUGGAGAGCUCUUGAGCUGGCAAUGUCGUGCGUGGAUCCAACUUCAGCAAAACGACCAACCAUGUCUCAUGUUGUUAUUGAACUAAAAGAGUGUCUUGUAUCUGAAAACUCGAGGAGAAAUAUGAGCCGAAGAAUGGAUUCACUGAGCUCAACUGAAGUGAGCAUGACCUUUGAUAGUGGUAUGAUUCCCAGAGCAAGAUAGUGUGUGCCACACGUAUCACAAGGACAAUAACCUCUGUUUGUGUUUUGUGUGCGUAUUGUUUUUUUUUUAAAAUAUGUAAAAAAUAAAAUAAUUACUAAACUGAUUGAAUUGAAGGAUGUUCUUUGUAACAAAUUGAUCUAAAUAAAAGAAAUAAAAAUGUUUGAAUCUCGUU